AAUCCCAAGAGAAGAAUUAUUCCUGCUCGAUCUCUUUGUUUCCGGGGAGGGAAAAAGGCAAAUUUACAAAGGGAGCCAAAGGUACUACACUUAAUCAUCAUGGACUACUACAGUCUGUAUGACCCAAAUCUGGUUCCACAUCAAUCUACAAUCACGCUUGAGACUAUCCCUGACCCACCUUCGCCUCCGCUGGUUUUGGCGCCACCGGUUGUUGUUGUUGAUGAGCAGCCUCAGCAGGAGGAGGAGGAGGCUGAGAUGGAAGUGGUCGGCGGCGAGGUUGUUGUUGUUGGCGGCGGGAGUGGAGUGCUCAUUAAUGGAUAAGAGACAUGAGAGGGCGCCCAUUGAUGUUGUAGCUAGCUAUAGCUUUGUUUUUUGACGUUUUUUUUUUUUUUUUUGUUAUUUGCUUCUUCUCUUGUUUACUAGACAAUUUGCUUAUUAUUUCGUUUUGUUGGUGUUCAUGUAAUCAUCUAUAACUCUUCUUGUUGGCUCUGUUUUGUGG